AUGCUUGAUACCAAGUACUUGUACCAGGUCUCUGGACAACUGGAAAACAGCAAGCGCUCGCCUCCGAUGUGCUUUCCCAAAACGGGCCAAGCCCCCACACCUCACAACUUUCGGCUUUGCGACCUCACGAAUUCUCCCGAGCUUUUUUUUCUCCCUCAUACAGAGGAUCCAAAAUUCAAAAAAACCCAAAAAAAUCGCCAUCAAUUGCGCCCCGGCCAGCGAUUCCCUGCCACCGAGACGAGCCUCCUCGAAACCCGCCGCUUCUCCCUAGAGCCGACCCGGUUUCCUCUCUCUCUCUCCCUCUCCUCUGUCGCUCUUCCUCUCCGGUCCAACCGCCAGACUUUCGCUCCAGCAGCCAUCAUGGCCCCCUCAUCGCUUGCUCGCCCCAUGCUCCGCUCGCCGGCCCUGCGCCAGCUUGCCUUCCGCCGCUUCGAGAGCUCUGCCGCCAGCAAGGCCACCGACGCCGCCAAAGAUGCUGCCGGCAAGGCCAAGGAGUACCAGGCAAAGGCUGCGCAGGGGCUGUCGCGCGUCGCGGGUGCUGCUGGCCCUGCCAUUGCCGGAGCUGCUCGUGGCCUCACCAACGCGCUCGGCAAGGUCGGUGGACGCACCGGCAAGCUCAUCAGCUUCGUUGAGAAGCAAACCCCUCAGGCCGUCUACUACGGCAAGGUUGCCGUCGAGACUAGCAAGAUUGUCUUCCACGCACAGAAGAUGAGCCCUCCUUCCGUCGCCACCUUCCAGAACUUCUACCAGUCCCUGUGGAAGUCCGUCCAGAGCGGCGCCAUUCUCAAGUCUCCCCAGAACCUUCUCCAGCAGGCUCGCAGCCUGACUCCUGGCCAGCUGGUUGCUGGUGGUGUCAUCUUCGCCGAGACCCUGGGUUUCUUCACCGUUGGCGAGAUGAUAGGCCGAUUCAAGCUGAUUGGCUACCGCGGAGAGACUGCUUCGCACCACUAG